CUCUCUCUUCCUCCGAUCCAGUGUGUCUCACCCUCCCACCACUCGUUUCCUGCUUAGUGAGCACAGACGAAAGGGAAUACAAGUCCUUAAAAGCCCCUUUUCUUUAAAGAUUUUCCUGUUGCAUCUUCUAAAUCCUGCAAUUUUCCUCUCUACCAGCGACCAUGCUCCACCUGACAGCAGGCCGUGUGGGAAGCCGUCUGGCCAGCCGCGCUGCAGCGGCCUUCAGUGUCAGCAGCGCGAGAAUGGCGAGCACCAGUCACGCGGUGUCAGAUGUGGUGGACAUGUCUAAGCCACUGUACUGGGACCGUCGAGACAUCCCUCUGCCUGACAGAGCCUUCAAAGAAUCCUUGACUGCUGCUGACCAGAGCCUGAAACAGAAGGAGAAAGGACCCUGGGGCCAGCUGACCAAAGAGGAAAAGAUUGCCUUGUACCGCAUGAGUUUCCGUCAGACCUACCCAGAGAUGAAUGACCCAUCAGCGGAGUGGAAGACUGUCGUGGGGGGGAUUUUCAUCUUUCUGGGCAUCACUGGCCUGGUGGUCUUGUGGCAGAGUAUCUAUGUCUACCCUGAGACCCCCCCGACCUUUGACCCGGAGUUGCAGGCCAAACAAAUAAAAAGGAUGUUGGACAUGCGGAUCAACCCCAUCGAGGGUUUCUCGGCCAAUUGGGACUAUGAGAAGGGCCAGUGGAAGUGAAGAGAUGAGCGCACUGCGGCUGAGGUGGCAAAGAGUACGGACCUGUUACCUCAGAGCUCGUUUUAUGAAGCUAAUGAAGUCAGUUUAAAUUUGAAUGUUGCAUUACCAAUGUGAAAACCACUACAAAGAUCGGAAUUUAUUCCUUGUCACCAUCUCUGCGGUACAAUUACUCUGUGCCACCCCUCGCCUCUUCCUCAAAUGCUGCAGCCUUCUGUCAUGGUGAAAACCGUCCCUACUGUCGUAACCAUAUUCAAUAAAAUGAUCCUGCCUA